AUGGACGACGCCUUCCUCGCAGGAGGCUGUCAGCCAGUGGCUGCCUCACUGACCAGGUUGGUUUCUGCUGCCCGUCAGGUGGGCCUGCAACUCAACCCGCAAAAGUGCGAGCUCAUUGUGUGCGGAGGUUUGACCGCGUCAGUUGACGCACGUGCCUUCCGUGCCGGCAUCCGCGUCAAUGCCAGUGGCAAUUUCCUUCUUCUUGGCGCCCCUAUCGGCCAGGCCCGCUACACUGAAGCCGCUACACUUGCGGAGCGGGUCGACAAGGCCCGGCCACUCUUGCGGGCCAUCGCCGAGCUCCCCGACCCCCAGACUGGGUUGCUUUUGCUUAGACACUGCGCUUCGUUCUGCAAGUUUGUCUUCGCUCUGCGGGUCACCCCAACCCAACUGCUCGGGUCUGCUGCCACGGCAUUUGACAGUGCCGUCCGCGAGUGCCUGGAGAGUUUGUGCACUGGGCCUCUGCCAGAGGAGGCUUGGCAGCAGGCAUCCCUUUCGACAGCUUCAGGUGGGUUGGGCCUGCGACAUGCCCAGCUCCACGCACCAGCAGCCUACGCUGCCUCUCUAGCUGCUGUGCAGCCACCUGCUCUGGACAAAAACUUUUGCCAGGACUGGCCCGCGUCUGGAGCUGUUGCGGCCGCGUCCAGCGUCAACGAGUGCCUCUUGCCAGAUGAUCAGAUCCCGGUCCCUGCGCCGCCUACCACCAAACAGCAGUCGCUGUCCCAGGCGCUGGACCGGGCCCUGCUCAUCCGGCUGGGGGCUCCCACACCUGGCCGCGAGGCCUUUCGUGCCCACCUGCAGCUACUUCAGCAACCUCGCGCAGGCGCCUGGCUACAUGCCCCCCCCAGUGAAGCUCUUGGCUUGCACGUGGAUGGGCCGCUGUUCCGAGUCAUGGUGCGGCUCCGCCUGCGCCUGCCUGUAGCCGCAUCGGAUGCAGUUUGCCCUCUAUGUGACGGCAUUGCUGACAAGUUCGGCGACCAUGCCCGGGCUUGCCCAUGUGGGGGUGAUCGCACGAAGCGCCACAAUCGCCUCCGGUCGCUGCUGGCCGCACGUGCUCAGGCCGCGGGCCUCAGCCCGGAAGUCGAGAAGCCAGACUUGCUGCCGCCUCGGUUGGGGGAGGCCGGAUGUUCGGAGGAUGGCUCUCGCGCGGGCAACGGCCGGCGCCCGGCCGAUGUUUGGGUGCCGAGCUGGGGGCUGCACGGCCCGGCUGCGUUCGACCUCGCCGUGACCUGUGGGAUGCGACCGGGCCAGCACGCAGCUGUGGCGGCGGCAGCCGAACGCCCUGCAGCGGACUAUGAGGCACGCAAGUGCUUGCACAAGGACACCAAGGCUGUAUGCGCCGUGCAAGGCCUGCAGUUCAUUCCCAUGGUUGUUGAGGCAAGUGGGGGCUGGGCCCCAUGCGCCGUCCGUGCCUGGCAGCAGCUGGCAGCCAAUCUGGCAUUGCGGUCCGGGGAGCCGGCAUCACAGGAGGCCGACCGCCUGUACCAGGCCCUUGCCAUUUCUUUGCAGCGCGAGAAUGCUAGGGCAGUGCUCCGCCGGAUGCCGGAGACUGCCGGCAGCGUGAGGCACCUCGCAGACCCAUGA